CCGGAAACACUCCAGUGUUAUUGUGCUAACGAUGUGUCAUCAACACAUCAGACUAUGGUGGGAACUGCAAAUGUUGGGGAAAAUAGAGUAUUAGACUCACGUUACUAUUUCUUUAAGGGAUAGUUCAAGACAAGUAAGACCUAGUGUGUUUGUGAACAGGCUGUCAUAAAGUUAACGGGAUAACUGGACUCAAACUGCCAAGCUACGUUGAGCUUCCUCCACAACUGGACUGUUAGCAAGCAGGCUAACUGGCUCAUUCCCUGUCUGCUUGGGACCUGACGAGACGCGACAGAGAUGUCCUGCAGCUUUUUAGAGUUUUGUCGGCUCCAAGAUCUUAAAGCGGUCAGGGACUUCUUGUUCCUUAGUAAGAAAACUGAGCCAGUGGAGGAGAAGAAUCUUACAGAAAAUGAGCUUACUUGGGACACCUCUGACUGGGAGUCAGCUUGGGAUACCGGUGACAACAAAGAGGAGGAAGCCACUUCAGCCUCAAAGGUGGAGGAGGUGACCACAGUGCAGAGUGCACCCUGGCUGCAGGACUGCAUCGUGUCCCUGUCACCUUGCUCUGACCUGUUAGUCUUGGCACAUGACCAGAAGGCUGCCUUUCUUUCAGCUAAGUGGCGUUCAGUUGACAGCGGCAGGGAGGAGAUGACCCUGGCUGUGUCCUGGACUGGAACCCUGAGCAAUGACGAAGGAGAGUGUGUGAGCAGCUCUAUCUGCAUACCACUGGCAAGCCAGAAGAGGAGCUCCACAGGGCGGCCUGAUUGGACAUGUGUAGUAGUGGGUUUCACCUCUGGCUAUGUCCGCUUCUACACAGAGAAUGGGGUUCUGCUCCUGGCCCAGUUAUUGCAUGAGGACCCUGUAUUGAGGCUCAAGUGUCGCACAUAUGAGAUCCCUCGUCAUCCUGGAGUAACUGAGCAGCAUGAAGAGUUAAGUAUCCUCUACCCUGCUGCUCUGGUCACCAUCGAUGGCUUCAGCCUCUUUCAGUCUUUGCGGGCCUGCAGGAAUCAGGUUGCAAGAGCGGCAGCAGCAGGAAGCGAUGUGAUCCAGCCUCCUCCCUUAGCCUAUAAGAAGUGGGGUCUGCAGGACAUGGAGACAAUUGUGGACCACAGUAGUGUCGGCAUUAUGACGCUGUGUGUGUUUGACCAGAUGAGGAAUGCAUCUAUCUUGGGGGGGUUUAAUGCUUCAGUCAAGGGCAGCCCCCCUGCCAUGUGCCAGUAUGUGACUGUGGGAGGUGGACCGUACACAGGCUUUUACUAUGCUGUCGAGGGAAGCUCCCAGCCUCUCCUCUCUCAUGUGGCUCUGGCUGUGGCCAGUAAACUCACCUCAGCUCUCUUCAGUGCUGCCAGUGGAUGGUUAGGUUGGCACAAAAAUAAGAAUGAAGAGGAGGCUGUUCAGAAACACAAGCCCAAGGUGGAGCCUGCAACACCAUUGGGGAUCAGAUUUGGUCUCCCAGACUCGCGGCGCCAUGGGGAGUCCAUCUGUCUGUCCCCCUGCAACACACUGGCUGGAGUUACUGAUGACUUUGGACGAGUCACACUGCUGGACUUGGCCAGGGGGAUUUGCAUUCGCAUGUGGAAAGGUUACCGAGAUGCUCAGUUGGGUUGGCUGCAGGUUCCAGAGGAGCGAGGCGAUCGGGAGUUCUCCCCCUCCUCUGCUCUUCCUAGACGCCAUGCUCUGUUCCUGGUUAUCUACGCCCCACGCAGGGGAAUCCUGGAGGUGUGGGCAAUGCAGCAGGGACCUCGAGUCGGAGCCUUCACAGUGGGCAAACACUGCAGGUUGCUUUAUGCUGGCUACCGUCUGAUGGGGGUGAAUAGUGUGACCAGUCAGGGCUGGCAGCUCCACACCCAGCAGGUGUGUCUGCUGGAUCCCAUCACAGGAGCAUUGAGGACGGUUAACAUACCCUUCCACCUGGCCCUCAGUGACAAGAAGAGUGAGCGAGCCAAAGAUAUACACCUGUUGAAGAGAUUGACUACUCUCCUCAGGAGCAGAGAGGUGGAGCCUGAUGUUUUGGAGAGUGAAGCUAAAAGUGUGCUGCUGGAUAUCAAACACCCUGCCAUUAAGAAGCAGGCAUUGGAGUCCCUGCUGUCAAAUAAGAAUCUUCCUGUCUCUUGUCUCACAAAAGUCACAUGCUCAUUAUAUGACACUCUGAAGCAACAAGACCCAGAGGAAGUGGAUGGUGCAUUACUUCAGUUCUGCACCUCGCAGCUGAAACUGCUUCAGCUUUAUACUGGCAUCCAGAACCUGCACUCUGCUGCAGACACAGAGCCCUGCUCAACAAAUGACUCCCUCGAUGGCAUAGAGGAGGAACUGUCCCGUGUUGGCCCGACCUUGCAGUGCUACUCAAAGCUCACCUUGAGACCAAGUGUUUCAUUUGCCCAGGAUUCGCCUGACUCACCACUGCCUGCUCAGGCCUUUCUCUCCCAGAUUGAGUGCACUGAGGAGGGGGAGUUGAGGGUGAUCCAUCGGUCAGAAACUGAAUGGAAUCAGUUAGGGAACUUUAUGUUCUGGGGUUGUCUGUGUGGAAAAAGCCCACUCCAUAAAGUGUGUGACACUCUGCAGCAGGCUGGCAUCAGUCCACAGCAGCUACUGUCUCUGUUGUUAAGUGUGUGGCUACAAAGAGAGAAAGAGGUGCUACAGAAACCAGAGGAAACUGUCAGAUACUUACACACACUACUCAUCGCCCUCAGCAACAUGAAAGGUGCAGUUGAGGAGUCAUGGGACCCCCAGUCUGUCUCCCCUUGGUGGCAGCAAGUUCGCAGCAUAUGUAUCCAGUCCCACAAUGCUGCUGCUGCUCUGCUGGCUGCCUUUGUUGCCCACCGUGGUGUCAAGGCUUGCAUCACAAGCCGGGCUGACAGCAAGUUGCAGUCAGACUGGGAGGCAGUGUCCCUAGAGCUGGAGCAGUGGGUGGUGUGUGUGCGCCAGCUAGAGGAUGUGUUGGUGCUACAGACUCUGCUGUUGGUGCCUCCUCCUCAGGGAGCAGCUGGGGGUGCUGCAGCACAGUGCUCCAUCAAAACACUGCUGGAGGGAGGCACAGGUGGUAUUGCUGACAGUGUCUCCAAGUGGGUGUUCAGGCAAAAUUUGGCCCCUGAGAGGCUGAAGGAAAUUCUUCUAAAGAAAGAAGACAAGGAGGAAGAUGAUAAACUGGAGCAGAAGGCUGGAGAUGAAGUAAAAGAGCACGAGGGGAAGAGCCAGGAGGGCACAGACAGGACAGCAGAGCUGUUGGUAGCAGUGUGCCAGCGGUUCCCACACUCCCUCUCACCUGACCUGCUCUUCGCCCACUGCUGCUGGGAAUAUGUAGUACAGUGGAACAAAGACCCUGAGGAGGGUCGACACUUGUGCUGGGCUGUGGAACAUUUGAGGCUGGUCUCCAGUCCACAUAUCCAAUUAGGUAUUUGUACAAUGAUGUGGAGUACAUUCAUCGUCAAGCGUCUGUCAGCAGCAGCCUACCUCAUGGAGAAGGUGGGGAAAGCACCCAAAGAUCGCUUAUGUCGACGGGAUGUUGGGAUGGGAGACAAAGCUAUGACGUCUUUCCUUGGCUGCUGUGUCCAGCUGCUGCAGAUCCUCAUGGAGGUGACUGGAGUAUUGGUUAAAAAUCAUUGCCCUUUAUCUUUUAUAAAUUACCAUGCGGACUCUGCAGUGGAGGAGGUUUCUGCUCCGGAGCUGUCUGUGGAGGAGGUGUGGUGUGGUGCAGAGGGCCCUGCAUCCAUAGCUGAACUUGCGCUGGAGCAGAGAGGCGUGCACUAUCCCCUGGUGCAACACCACUGCCUGUUAGCCUCCCUGCUACAUGCUGCUAUGACUUUCAGUCUGAAGGUCAAACCACUCAGCCUGUUCGACAGCAAGGGUAAGAAUGCUUUCUUCAGAGAUCUGACAACCAUCCAGCUGAUGCCCAGUGGAGACCUGGACCCAGGCCUGGUCUCACUACGACAAGAGUUCCUUCGCAGGGUGCUGACCAGCUGGGUGCAGGCUAUUGAUGAUUUCUCCAGCCAAGCCCCAGUCACAAGUUCCCCACCUCUACCCUCUUGUGGCCCAAAGGCUGACUGGUGGCCCUCCUUGUGCCUGGAGCUGGGCUCUCUGCUGCAGGUCAACCCAGACAUCCUGAGAAGGCACAUUGUCUGCGAGCUGUAUAACCAGGGCCUGGACCUCCGGGCUGAAGAGGUGAUGUUAGAGGUGGAAGAUAAGGACGUGCUGGGCUCCCAGCUGCUGGUGCUGACUGGCCAGAGACUGAGCUAUUCACUGCUCCACAGCCAGAGCCAGACGCAGGCUGCCAUGGAGCUGCUGGCCCGCCUGCCCCCCACCCUCUGCACCUGGCUCAAGGCUAUGGACCCCAGUGAGCUGCGGUGCCCCCUGGUCCCCCUGUCGCAGACCAGCAGGUUGGUGGGCCGUCUGAUUGAAAUCCUCCCAGAGAACCACGCCCAGUACAGUCUUGCCCUGCACCUACUGGAGGCUGUGGACGCCCUCACCACUGAGGACUGACCCUGAGAAGGAGAGGGUGGUCAAGGCACCGCAGUGGACAGAUGAUAAACUGCCUCUUUGCCCCUUUUCAUCAUUAUCAUGGAGGUUUUAUGUUAUUUCUCAUUUCAUGUUAAGAUUAACUCAUCCUCACAACUUUGUUGUUGAAAGCAAUGAUAUACACAGUGGAUAUGAUAGGCUUUUAGCUUUUUAUAAUUCAUCAUAUUUUCAUACAUGCAACAUACAUUAUGUUAAAAAGAGUAUUGUGGGUUGGAUAUGUUUGAGAUGGCUAUUAAGGAAUGAGGCAUGUCUGUGCUUUGUCACCUCACCCUCAGUUUCAGUCUGAUUAAUGUUUAAAAUGACAUGUUAGCGUGUGGAUGUCCUGUGUGCCAUAUGAAAGUUCUGUUUGACAUUUUACCCCACUCAUAGACAAGAGAUGUAUGAUAAAAAAGAAUGAACCUUAUUUUUUAUUUAUAAAUGCAGACUACACUGUACUAGCUGUGCCUGCACACCUCCUGUGCUGUAGUCCCACAUCCAGCAGCUCCCACUGGGCUCAUCUAAUGCAGAAUAAAGAGGUUUCUCAGAAACAUA